AUUUUCGAAACAAUUGCUCUCGAUAUGGCGGACCUUGCAACACCGCCUCUGGUGUCAACGCCAGUACUACCCAUUCCACCACCACCACCACCUUCAGCAGAACCUCCAACGGCAGCAAUUUCAUCAGAAGCAGCAACACCACCAGCAGCACCAGCAGCAGAUGCGUCAGCAGCAGCAGCACCAUCAGCAGCAGCUGAACCUAGCACCCCAACGUGUUGCUAUGGCUGGUGCUGCUGAUGCUGAUGCUGCAGCCUCCGCCACUGUGGAUCCCCCUGACCCUGUGCGCCAUGCGCCCAUCACUGAGGCCGUGCGCCCCUUUGGUGCGUUUUGGACCACUUCCCACUACUGCU